AUGUUGCAUUUGGAACUUCGCCUGGAACUCACACUGGCUCGACUGGUUUCCCAAUCGUCCCCCGACAACCCUGCGAUAUGCGCAUCUAGCCCUCUUCUGCCUCCCACUAUGCUGUUCGCUCCCAGCGGACCUCAGAGUCCUCGCCGGCGCAACCGCAUCAAGGCCAUCCUCACCACCAUCGGCAUUGUGCUCGCCCUGUACUUCCUCUUUUUCAAACCCGAUCCCAAGAACCCCGCCCGAACAGAGCGAGGCAGCUAUGCGCAGCAGCGCGGCACCGACAAGCCGGAUACCGCGCCCGGGAAACAAAAAGCGCUCGUGGUGGCCAGCAUGAAGGACGACGAUACCUCGUGGCUGUACGAGUUCUUCCCGGACUGGACCAAGAGUGUCUAUGUGGUGGACGACAAGCAGGCGCCCUUGACGGUGACGCUGAAUAAAGGGCGCGAGUCGAUGGUGUAUUUGACAUACAUUAUCGACCACUACGACACCCUGCCCGACGCAAUGCUCUUCAUCCACUCCCAGCGCUACCAAUGGCACAAUGACGACCCCUACUACGACGGCGUCCACAUGCUACGCAACUUCCAGAUCCCCUACCUCCAACAACAAGGCUACGUCAACGCCCGCUGCGCCUGGACACUAGGCUGCCCAGGCGAGAUCCAUCCGCUAUCGGAUACCCACCGCGAUGCCGUGCACGCGGGGGAAUACUUCAGGGAUGGAUUUAUGGAGCUGUUUCCCGACACCCCGGUCCCGGACAUGGUGGGUGUGUCGUGCUGCGCCCAGUUCGGGGUGACGCGCUCAAAAGUACGAGAACGACCCAAAAGCGAUUAUGAGCGGUUCCGGACGUGGUUGGCGGAGACAUCGCUGCCGGAUGAUUUGAGUGGGCGGAUUAUGGAGUAUUCGUGGCACAGUACGUUAAUCCUCUCUCUCUCUUGGAGUGGAUCUUUUCUGACAACUAAUUCAUUAGUGAUCUUUGGCCAAGAGCCAGUUCACUGCCCUAGUGCAGAAUCCUGCUACUGCAAGGUCUUCGGACUCUGCGACUUGUCCUGUCCGUCUGUAGGGGCUUGCGAUGGGCGGUAUGUGCUGCCCCCUUUCUCCUCGCUGCCCAAGGGAUGGCCGUAUAUUGGGUGGAAGGGCCAGAAACAAGAUCCGAGCCAUGGACUGCCGGAGUCAUAA